GAUCUCUGGCUGGAGUUCUCUUUCUUGUGUAGUUUUUCUCUAUGAGCCUAGCUAGAUCUUUGGAGACGAGCGAACAUUCCUUUCCUGUUUGUCCUUUUGCCUUUCCACCGUACUAAUCUUUCUAACUGUAACAAGGUCAUAUUAUUCUUUUGCUUAAUGGAAAAUUAAUCAAGAUCGUUGCUGACUUUAUUGAAUGAUGUAAGUUUGGUGCUUGAAAAAUAAGAGUCUUCUUUUUAAUCUCCAGUAAGAAUGGACAGCCCUCCUCUAUUAUUAGGGUUUGAUGAUCUACAAGCUUGUGCGGAUCCUGGAGCUCCUGAGCACGGAUACAAGACUCCCAGUGCAGGUGUUUUCUUUGAAAGCGUGGUAGUCCGGUUUCAUUGCCAAGAAGGAUACAGGCUUAAUGGUACUUCAAAAAAACUUUGUGUGAGACACUUUAAUGGCUCCCUGAGCUGGAAACCAAGUGAUAAACCUGUGUGCCUACAAGAAGUCACAGAUUGCCUUGUUCCACAUGUUGAAGAUGCAAAGAUUCAUAACAAGACUUACAGGACUGGAGAUAAGUUAAUAAUCAGCUGUCAUGAAGGAUUCCAGAUCCGUUACCCUGACUUAGACAACAUGGUUUCAAUUUGUCAAGACGAUGGAACUUGGGAUAAUCUGCCCAUUUGUCAAGGUUGCCUGAGGCCAUUGGUUCUUCCUCAUAGUUACAUUAACAUAUCUGAGUUCGAGUCCUCCUUCUCAGUAGGAACAGUGGUGUAUUAUCAAUGCUUUCCUGGAUAUAAACUAGAAGGGGCAGAGUUCCUUGAGUGCAUGUAUAACCUUAUCUGGUCAGAUAGUCCACCUAGGUGCCUUGAUGUGGAAGUUUGUCCGCUACCUCCAAUGGUCAGCCAUGGAGACUACAUCUGCCAUCCGCGGCCUUGCAAGCGCUACAACCACGGGACAGUGGUAGAGUUCUACUGUGACCCCGGCUACACCCUCACCAAUGACUACAAAUACAUCACCUGCCAGUAUGGAGAGUGGUUCCCCUCCUACCAAGUCUACUGUGUCAAAACAGAACAAACCUGGCCAAAUACACAGGAGACCCUCCUGACUACAUGGAAAAUAGUGGCAUUUACUGCUACCAGCGUUUUAUUAGUACUUCUACUGGUCAUCUUAGCCAGAAUGUUCCAGACCAAAUUUAAGACACAUUUCCUUCCAAGAGUCAACCAGGAGGGCUCUGUGGGUGACCCUGACUUCGUGGUAGUGGAUGGUGUUCCUGUCAUGCUGCCUUCCUACGAUGAAGCUGUAAGCAGCAGCCUGAAUGCUCUGGCACCUGGAUACUCAGCCACAGUGGACCAGGGGCAUAUUUUGCAGACAGAAGAUCAAAGUCCUCCUGCUUAUCCUGGUCCCAGGAUUACAGACAUGCUGCCAAGUGAAUUUGAGAGCUGUGAGAGUCAAUCAGUCUCCUCUGAACUGCUCCAAAGCUUGUACUCACCCCCAGUGUGCCAAGCAGCAGUGCUUGCCAGCUCAGAUCGAACUGAUGCAUCCCGGAGCACUGCUGGGGAGGCUGUGUCCACGAGCCCACGGAUUGAUAUUACAGAUGAGAUUCCUUUGAUGGAAGAAGACCCUUAGCCUGCAUGGAGACAUGUCAUCAUCACAUUGCACCAUUGGGUGACAUGAAUCCUGAGCACUCAGAGAUAGAAAAGACUAUCUGUGGAUCUGGGGAGGGUACUUACCAAUCUUCCACACGAUGAUGUCACCAGAUUGUGUGUACAUCUUAAUCCACAGUGGAGAUAACAGCAUCAGCACUUGGAACAGCAAUUUUAUGAAUGAAUCCUGGGGAUUUGAUGAGAGCAGAUGUAGAAAAAGAACUGUGGCUUUUUAGAAAUGAAAUGUAUAUCUGCAUCGCAGAAAGUCAUAUGGUUCUGUAGAAAAAUACUAUUGGAUUUUGAUACUAACUGCCUCACAAAAGCAUGUCAAAGUAUGUAAAUUUGCUUAUAAAGACUGCUUUAAAUGAUCUGUGGACCUCUAGUUUAUGAAGAAGCCUUUCAAACUUAAAUACCAAAAACAAACAAACAAAAACCCAGUCCUGAAACACACACCCUAAAGAGGGAAGAUCCUCUUUGACUAUCCUAUGUAAAUCAGAAAGCUUAUGGUUUGGUUGUUGGUUAUUUUGUUUCAUACCAUGUCUGCAGAAAACAAUGGGAUUCGUAUGUACUUUGAUGUAUGAUAGCAAAUAUAUAUAAAUAUAUAUAUAUAUUUAAAAACUCUUACAGAGAAAGAAAAGGAAAGACUCCGGAUCACAUAAUGACCUGGAGAUUUUUUUUAAAGGUAAGGCAGAAUUUAUAUAAUAUACAAUAUUCCAGGUAAAGUAUCAAUAUUUGUAUUUAUGCAAGACUUCUGUGACUACAUUGCAUUUGAUAAAUCCUGCUAUCAUAUAAAAGACCUAGAAAGUGUUAAAAUAAUGAAAUAUUUGCUUAAGAAAUGUUGAACUGCCACAUUUCAACCUUCCUUAAGCUUUGACAAAUACAUGCAUUAGAGUAAUCUACAGUCAUAGCCCAGAGCACUGCCUUGUCCCUGUGCGCUGCGGUAGUAUUCUGAGCCAUUAUUGUAGAAUACUUUAAAAAAAUAAAGUUCAGUUUCAGUUCUUUUGACUUAUCAGACUGUGUCUAGUUGGCCUUUUUUUCCCUUCCUUCCUUCCUUCUUUUCCCUUCCUUCCUUCUUUCACCAGCUCCCACCUGGAGAGCCCCCACUCUAUAGCAUUUUAUGUCCAUUAUUUAGCUCCAGUUGGACUGAGUGGUUUUAUUUAGGCAGAGCACAUGAAAUGGGUGCAGCAAUGGCACAGCUUAUCCACCCAUGUUAUUGUUGGCUUUCUUCUGCAUGUUGUGCCAGAGCUUUGUGCUAAAGACUGUAGGAAUAGUUCAUCCUUGUUGUAUCACAGGCCAUUUGUUAUUUGUCAGGAAAAAUUCCUGGCUGCUUCAUGUGCUGCUUGAAAGCCAAGCAGAUUUCCCACUUUAUUUAUGGUAAUGCGGAGAUGAAACAUAUGUUAAACUGGCGGUGUUUUGAGGAAGAACUCACCAUAUGUUAAUGGUGGAGAUUGCCAUUGUGGGCUUAUCCAAAGCAAAGGGAAAAAAUGAGACCAAGUUCUGAUUUUAUAUUCAAAGUAAGCCUAUGGUAUCUCUAUUGCUCUAAGUAGAGGAUCAUUACAAGUUACUCUCUUGUUUUUUCAUGAUUAUUUAAUUAUUUCUUUGCACUGUGGCAACGUUUACUGACCCCACUGAUGAGUCGGGGCAGUGGUAUGAUACACUUGCAGCUAACAUUCGAUAAAGUUUUUAUAAGCACCCUGUCAGCAAUGCUAUAUAUCAGUAAGAAGCUAAUGGAGAUCAAAAAACAAAAAAAGCCACCAGAAUAGUGUAGCAGUAGAGAGACAAUUAUGAGUAUAAUCUCAGUUAUACCCCAUUAUCAUUGAUGAGAUCAUUUUGAUUUAGAUUGCUUUCUUAUCUUAAACUUUCUUCAAGAAAAGAAUCUUGAAGGUACAGGAUCAGUCCAUUCCAAUGCACCAAAAGCCAAGCUGGUGGGGCAGAAGACCAGCUUGGAUUAACAGAGAUGAUCUUCAGGAACUUGGGGAGAAAGAAUUUAUGAACUCUGGAAAAAGGUGCAAGCAACUCAGGAGAGCUAUAGAGUUGUUGUCAAGCUGUGCAGGCAAAAAAAAAUAGAAGGACCAAAGCC